AUCCAACAUCCUCCAACAUCGCUCCACAUUUGGCAUUCAACGACCGAAAGUCCUUGGUCCUAUUCCCGGAGACCAUGUCCUUCCGCGGCGCUCGUGCGCAUCAAAACAGUCACACGAGAGGCUAUCGCACCUCACCCCACGGUGGUGGCUCUCAAGGGAAAUUCGACCCUGGCAUGGAAAAAAUCGAUGAUGCCUCACCAGGCGCCGAACGCGUACAAGCGGAUCCCUUUCACCACUACGUCAUCCGCACUGGAUAUCACAAAGGCAAGACACUAGCGCAAUUUCACAAGGGGAACGACAACGAGAAAUAAUACGUCGAUUGGAUGUACAGAAAACACUACAAGGAACUACCACUUUACCAUGUAUUUCGUGUGGCACUUGCUCAAUGGAACGAACAACGUGGCUCCAGCGACGUGUGGACCCUGCCGCCACUCUCCAUGGCGCCGUCGAGCUUCAGAGACGGAAAAUACCACAUCUUUAUGCAAGAAAGGUAUCUCAAGAAGUGGUGGAAAGUCGAGCCCGAUGACCUUGCCAAGGCUGGUGUGAAAGUCAAGGAGUCUCCAAAUACAACGACGCAGGCCAAAAAGUUUGCGCUGUAUCACGUGUGGGAAUACGUCCAGGGAAAUGGGAUAAUGAACAGGAAGGAGGCGGAUGAGGUGCUUGAGAUUGAGCUGAAGCGCAUUGAGAAGACGAGGCAGAACUACAGAACUUACCAAAGCGGCGGAUAUAGCGGCGGAUGUGGCUGGCUUUGCGAGUGUUGCGAUUAGUAUGGAAGGUAACAGGUUAUACAUGGAUAUUAUUAGGUAUAGUUGGUGUCUACGCUGCUCUUCAUGAGUAUUAUAGGUCACAACGUUUUGCAUCAGGCAGUCCGAAUAGCCAAACCAUUCCCCACCAU